AUGUUGGAUGAAUUCGUAAGCUCAUAUAGAAAACUAAGAACUGAUUUCGAUCCAGCUUUAAUACGACCUAUAAUUUUUCCCCAAGGAGAGAUGAUUCUCGAAACUAGACGCAUUUUAAUGACAACUUUUGACCUAUUAGAAGGAUUGCGUCAUAUUUGGAGCUGUAGAUCAUUGUUAACAGAAGAUGAUUAUAGUGAGAAUGCUUAUGUAAUUCAUGCGGUAUCAAAAGAAAAAAACCAGGAUCUACAGAUUUUAUUGAAAUUAGAUAUGAAGGAAAACGAGUUAGUUCUAGUGGAGAUUUCACGUUCAUUUCCAGAACAGGAUAAAGAAGGUUUGGAUUCGAAAAAGCUGGUUCGUAUUUGUAAAGAUUGUUUCGAUGAACGAUAUAACAUUUUUUUCAAAAAGAGAGAAGAUACUUCUUCCAAAUCAAAAUUAAUACAUUGUGAAUUAGGAAAAAUUCCCGUGCUAGGAUCCAAGUGA